CCUGUGCAAGAAGCGACAUAAUCGGCUAAAUUGCUAAAAUAUUUAUUUCAAAUCAAAUAUCCUUCCUUUACCAAGAAUGAUGGAUGGGAUAAAAGAAUAUAUGAAGCCCAAGAGAUUUAGCAUCUUAUCCUACAUAUGUGUGGUCAUCCAUUUUCACUGUGGAGUGAUAUUCACAGCAAUUACCACGGCUCUGAGACUCAGCGAGAUGGAAAAGUUCAGUUGUGCUGUUGACACAAAACAUGCAACUCACAAAAGUUAUGUCGAGAAAACGUGUUUUUCAAUCUACGAUGACGAGUACAACUCUCCCGUGAAAUUUUCUGCCUUCGUUCUGUUCAAUUUUGGUUCUGUUGUUGUUGUGAGUGUCGUUUAUUCGCUUGCUGUUGGCAAUCGUAUCGAAGAUGCAGAGAGACUCUCGGGCGGAAGUGAUAAACCUCAAACAGUUGCGAGAGGGAACACUGAACAAGGUAGAAAAACCUUUUGUGUUUUCAAUUUCUAUUUGUUCCACCUUGUGGCUCGUUCAAUGCUCUGUAUGUUAUUCACAAUUCUACAACAUACUGUAUUAUAUCCGAGUGGUUUUGAUACACAGUUCAGUUGUGUUUAUCCCGAAUUGAGAUCAGUUGAUCCUAACAUGACUCCAGUAAAUAAUAGAAGUGCCAACUUAUCCAGUGUAAAAUGUACGAACUCGGCUGCCAAAGAUAAACAGUUUUGGUUGACAAUUGUAUCUGUUUGUAAUCUCAUUUUUGCUGUAAUUGCAUUAGCGGAAGUUGUUUAUCUGCUAUUGAUGCGAUUUCCCAGUGUCACCCCUCAAUCUUCUGUUACUUGGUCAUGUGAUUGGCAAUUUAUUAAUAAACACUUUCUUCGAAAGCAAUAUGUACCUAACAGUUGUGACAUUUACAAGCAAAAGGUUUUAAAGCCUUGUCUGACACCUGAUAUAAAUUACGGUUUGAAUGAUAUAAGCUUGGAUGAUAUGUUUAUUGAUGUUGUUAUCCAUACUGAGCGAGCUCCACACAGGUUUUCAAAAGAAAUGUCUAGGCAUGAGAUCUACGAUGUUUAUACAAAAAUCCCUGAAAAGUCGAUACAUCUGAAACAGAUUAAAGAUCUGUUUUAUGCAAACAAAGAUACUAACUAUAACGUCCCUUCCACUAUCUUGGUAAUUGGUCGUCCGGGGAUUGGAAAAACUGUUUUGACCAGGAAAAUUAUGUACGAUUGGGCAAAAGAACAUAAUGAUGAAAUCUAUCACAACAAGGUCCCUUUCUACUUUAAAUUCCGAGAGUUCAAUUUCAAUGAGAUGCAAGACAUAACAAUUAAAAAAUUUCUACAGUUUGGAACUGAACUGAGUGAAGAUGAGUUUGAAAGUAUUUUUGAAGAAAUUUGGAGAAAUCCACAAAAUGCUAUUUUCAUUUUUGAUGGUUUGGAUGAAUCUGGUGUCAGUCUUGGUGAAAAUUAUCAGCGUGUCCUAGCUCAGUCAAAAAAGUAUUCGAAUAAUGACGUUUCUUGCCAAAUGUCAGCAAUGUCUUUUUUUCUCAAAAUCUUGUCUGGCGAUAUGUUACCAGGAGCAACAGUCUUGGUGACCAGCAGGCCAACUGUGAAUGAUGUUUUAUGCAAAAUGAAAUUUGACAGAACUGUUGAGAUUAUUGGGUUCACAUCAGAUAAAAUUGAACAGUAUGUUAAACAAUUUUGUGCUAAUCAUAAGAGGUGCGAUCUAGAAGCAACGAUAUUGAGUCAUAUUAAAUCGUCAUCUGAACUGAUGAAUUUAUGCUACAUUCCAGUGAAUUGUUUUAUUGUUUGUGUUUGUCUGUUCGAAUGUCUCAUUGACUCAGAGGGUGAUAUUGGUGCUCUACCAACUACUUUGACUGAACUGUACGAGUCAGCUUUAGUCUACUUCAACACGUAUCUUGACCGAAACGAAAACAAAGAAGAAGUUUUGAAUAAAUUUCAAGAGUUGGCUUUUAAUGGUAUGAAUAACAACGUGCUGAUUUUCAGUGGCAAGCUUGUUAACGAGGAAAUGAAACAAUCAGGAUUAUUAAAUUCUUUACCCAAACCAAGUUUUCAAAUUCAAAUACAGGUUUGCUUCAUUCAUUUAACAAUACAAGAAUUUCUCGCAGCAAAGUAUAUUGUGGAAACAAAAACACCCGAACAAGUAAAAGAAUUUAUAUCUUCUCAUAUCAAACAUGACAGAUGGCAUCUUGUGCUUCAGUUUCUUGCUGGAUUGUUGCGAGAGAAAAUGAAGACAUCUCCUAAAUACAGAAGCUGCGUGUUGAUGUUUAAAAAAUAUCUCAGUAUAAAUGAAAUAAAUUAUUAUUGGAUACAUCUUGAUCAAAUAUUAGUGAUGAAAUGUUUAAGAGAAACAAAGAAUGAAAAUAUUGCCGAAGAAAUUGUUGCGAACUCGAUUUUAAAAGAUGCGACUGGGAUAUCAUGCUCACUGUCUGUCGAACAAUUGCUUUCUCCAAGCGAUGCAGCAGCAGUUGUGUUUCUUUGCAAGCAUAUGAAGGAUUUAAAUACUUUACGCGUGCUCGGUUUAUCUAGUUCGGAUUGUUUGCUAGAAUUAGUUAAAUUACUCCAAGGAAGAUGCAUGAAAUCACUCUACAUCGUUCGUUGUCAUCUUAGUGACUUGUGUCUGGAGCGUCUUGGUGCAUUAUUGAAAUCUGAAUGUCAGGUGAAUCACGAGUGUUCUAAGCUGACUGAGUUGAAUCUUGGAAAUAACAAUAUUACUGCUGCUGGUAUGGCUCAUGUUUUAGAUAAUCAGGUUUAUAAUCAGUUGACAGACCUUGACCUUAGCUACAAUCCUAUUCGUGAUGAAGGUGUUCGUAUUCUAUCUAUCGCAAUGCAAGAAAGACAGUUAAAACUUGAUACUCUGUUUCUUAUCUCCUGUGCUUUGACCAGUGAGAGCAUGCCUUGGCUUGUGAAAUUUCUCGGUAAUGAACAUUGCAGACUAAGAUCCUUGACACUUGGUAGGAAUGCUAUAAGAGAUGAAGGUUUUCGUGACUUGUGCAGUGUUCUUGGAAAGGAAACAUGUAACCUUACUUACUUAAGUGUUCGCGAAUGUUCUUUAACAGAAAAAUGUAUGUCAACGUUGUGCGACGCUCUUGAUGAAGAACAUUGUGGAUUAAGAUACUUGAACCUUGCUGACAAUGCUAUAGGGGAUGAAGGUUUACGUACUUUGUGCAGUGUUCUUGGAAAGGAAACAUGUAACCUUGCUGCCUUGAAUCUUUCUGGCUGUUUUUUAACAAAGAAAUCUAUGUCCACGUUGUGCGGCGCUCUUGAUGAAGAACAUUGUGGACUAACAAAAUUGGACCUUAAAAGAAAUUAUUUAGGUGAUGAAAGUGUACGUGAAUUGUGCGUUGUUCUUCAGAACCGAACAUGUCAUCUUACCAGGUUAGCGAUUUCCAGUUGUUCGUUAACAGACGAAUGCAUGCCGAGCUUGUGCCAGGCUCUUGGAGAUGAACGAUAUAAGCUCACUAUGUUGGAUAUAAGUAAAAAUGGAUUCACAGAUAAACAUUUACCAUUACUCGCAGACGCAGUUAAACGUCGGGGAUGUGAUUAUGUUGGUUGUUUGUGUAUUGAGAGAGAUAACUUUACUAUAGAAGGUUUAAGAUUGCUUGAAAAGGCCUCGGGACGAUUCCAAAUCGAUAUCUGUGGUUGAUGUUUCAUUCAGAAAGCGAUUUACUCUUAUUUAAAAGGUUCUAGCACACGGAGCGACAAGUCGCAGGAACAUGUCGCCUGAAACGAGUCACACGAGCGUCAGGAGCGGCAAUGUUGGGCAAAAACAAAUCGCCUGAAUGCAAAUAGUCAUGGGAAUGAUGUUUUGAAAUACGCGACACGGCGCAUAGUAAUCUCAGGUCAUAUCUCCCGGGGAAGAUAUUUGUCCUGCGACACGGUGACUUCUCGCUUCGUGUUUUUGAACUUUAAAUCGUUAAAGACUUUAUAAACAAGUAUUGCAUGGUUAUCAGUAAGGAAGGUGAAGCAUUUGACAAACCAUGUUGUUCACGUACCAGGUCGCAGGUAAAACACGGUUUGAAGACUAAACGACUGAGACAAUACAAUUCAUUAACCAUGUUUUUGUGCGUUUGUGCAGAAUUUGUUCACAUCUCGUGUGCAGUCACGUGUCGCUUGUAUUUGAAACAAAAGCAACCAGUUACGUUAUUAUAUCCAAUAAUUGGUUGGGAGGUGGUGCAUAUUUAUAUAUUCAUUUUUUGCCGACGAAUUUUUUUGUACGCAUAUUUGUUUUCAAAAGAAAUCUGUUGAGCAGAGCUGAAUAUAUAAAUAUGCGCCCUUGUUUCAGUCCUGGUACCGUUUGUGUAAAAUGCUUAACUAGAUUUUGGGUAGUUAUAUGGUAGCUAACUCGAAAAUACAAGAUUCUGAUUGGCCAAUUCUGCCACAAAUCAAUUUUCAAUCAAGUAUCAUGCCCAUUGUUAUGGGGAGAACAGAUGCGUAGAAGUCGCUGUAAUGCUGUAAUCAGAAGUCACUGUAAAUAAAUGCUGUUAUCAGAAGUCACUGUAAUGCUGUAAUCCCUCCUCGAGAUGGUGUGGGGAGGGCCA